UUCACGUGGGCGGACUUGAAAGUGAAGCUCCGAAUUUAACCUGACGGUUUAAUUUGAUUUCACGUCCGUCAAUCGUCCCCCUAAUUAUUAUACGCGGCUCUCUCUUUCAUCAAUUCAUCAUAUGAUCAUUCCUUCCUCGCAAAGGUUUCUCAAAAACCCUAAAAACCUUCCCUUCGUCGUUUCAUCGUUUUCAAAGUCGUCGGAAAUCGAAACCGGAAUCACAAUCUGCAAUCAAACGCACCUCCGUCAAGUUCCCCCAUCGAAUUAGAUGGCUACAAAGCCCCUUACAACUGCUGCAAUAGCAAUGACAGAGAAGAAAAUGGACAUGUCAUUAGAUGAUAUCAUUAAAAUGUCCAAGACUGGAUCCGGCACCCGCACCAAUAAAACCAAGAAACAAAGAGUUCCUAAUAAGAAUCAUAAUUUUACAAACAAUGAUGUUGAAGAUAAUAAAUCUAUGAAGUUACACCGCUAUAUGGACACAAGAUCCUCCCUUAGACAGGGUGUUCUUUCUCAGAGGAGAUCUAGCUUUCAGGGUAACCAAUUCCCUCUAGCAGUUGAAGCUGCUAGAAAAGCUCCUAUUCGCAGUAGAAACUUCAUGCGGAAUCAACCAAUGACUUCAUAUAGACCAAGGGGGGCUAGUGUACAGAAUAGGGGUGUUGCAAAUCAAAAGCAAGUGAAGAAGGUGUCAAACCAAAAGCAAAAGCAAAGGCCUCAGACAUUGGAUUCCUUAUUUGCAAACAUGAAGGAACAAAGGAUGAAGGUUUUAUCUCAAAACAAUAACACAAACACAAGAAGAAGAACAGGUGGAGGUGUUCAUGCCCAGCAAAGGCCAACACCCCCGUGGACCAGAUCAUAUAACUACUAGAAUAAUAAUACUCUUCUUCAUUUUCUAUUCUUCCCCAUACUUUUUCCAUUUCUUCAAAAUAUUGCCACAUCAUGCUUUAAUCGGAAAAAAAAAAAAAAAACUAGUCUUGAAUGUUGAUGUAUAUAUAGAUCUAUUAAAAUGCACACCAGAUUUUGUAUUGGGCUAGUGUCAUGUUUUCGGUAUUUUGGUUAUGUUUGUGUAGAAUGUCAACGAAUGUGGAUUUCAUGUUCACAAAUUCUGUGUUUGAAUUUGUAUUUUAAAACAAAACUCUGGAA